CUCGAAUUUCAGACACUGCAGGAAUAUCAUCCACAAAGGAUUAAAUAUUUUUUAUCUUACUAAAGCUGGAGGCUGGAAGCCCAAAGAAACAGCAUCCUGUAUACUAGCUGUGAGCUUACAUCUAAUCCAAGAUGUCUUCAGUAACUUUGUCACUUCGGUUUGCAUUUCUUCAUGUCUUAGGCAUUCUGUCUAUGACGCCCAUGAGCUUUGGAGCUGAUUUAGUUGCGGUUCCCAUUGGAUGCGGCACGCGCGCGGCGGACUUGGUGGACUCCCCGGACUCACGCGCGCUGGUGCUGUGUCCCGGAAACUGCACGCUGUGGAAACUGUCAGUGUUCGGCUCCGGGAUUUACGCCUCCAUCUCCAGCGUAUGCGGUGCCGCGCUGCACAGUGGGAUUAUAGGUGCGUCAGGAGGAGCUGUGGAGGUUCAGAAGCUGGCAGGAAGGAGUCACUAUCACAGCUCCUACGCACACGGCAUCCAGACUCAGUCUCUGUCCAGCUGGAGUGCAUCAUUCACUGUAACCAGAUCAAUCAGCUUGCCAAUGGAAGUGUCCAGUCUAACCAUCACUGCUGACAACCCAGUGUCUGGAGCAGCAAAGAAAGCUGUCAAGAAAAACCAGAAGAAACCUCAAGUACCAGAGAACAGAGAUUGUCUUGUGGAUAUAGCUCUGAUUCUCGACAGCAGCUAUCAUAUAGGACAACGGCGCUUCAACUUACAGAAGAACUUCAUUGGUAGAUUAGCAGCAAUGCUGAAGGUUGGGCCAGAUGGACCACAUGUGGGAGUGGUGCAAGCCAGUGAGACGCCUCAGAUUGAAUUCUACCUGGGCAACUAUAGCAUGCCCAAAGAUGUGAUUUUUGCCCUCAAAGAGGUAGCUUUGGGUGGAGGCAACACCAAUACAGGCAAGGCCAUACUCCAUUCAGUAAGGCACUUUUUCAAUCCUGAUUUUGGACUGCGCAGGGGUGUUCCACGGAUUAUUGUGGCAUUUAUUGAUGGAUGGCCCUCUGACACCCUGGCAGAUGCAGCAGUAAUGGCUAGAGAAUCUGGAAUCAACUUGUUUUUAGUGAAUGUGGCCAAACCUAUCCCAGAGGAAAUGGGAAUGGUGAGGGAUCAAGACUUCAUGAAAAAGGCAGGCUGCAAAGACAAUGGUUUCUUCACAAUGACCAUGCCAAGCUGGUUCAGCACAACUAAAUUUUUGAAGCCUCUGGCUCAGAAGCUAUGCUCUGUUGACCAGUUGCUCUGCAGCAAGACAUGCUAUAACUCAGUCAACCUGGGCUUCUUGAUUGAUGGAUCCAGCAGUGUGGGUGAGACAAACUUCAAACUAGUUCUAAGCCUCCUAAGCUCCAUUGCUCGCAACUUUGACAUAUCAGAAAUUGGCUCACGCAUUGGGGCUGUGCAGUUCACAUAUGACCAGAGAUUGGAGUUUGGAUUCAGUGAUUAUUUGAAAAAGGAUGACGCCUUGAGAGCCCUCCAGAACAUCCCGUACCUAAGUGGUGGUACAGCCACUGGAGAUGCUAUCACCUUUGCUAUGGAGAAUCUCUUCCAGCCCCGUAGCAUGGGUACAGGCAAGAAGUUUCUUAUCAUUGUUACUGAUGGUCAGUCCUAUGAUGAUGUUAGAGGGCCAGCCAUAGCUGCUCAAAGGCAAGGGAUCACAGUGUUCACUGUGGGUGUAGCUUGGGCACCAAUGGAGGACUUGAGAACCAUGGCAUCAGAGCCCAAAGACACACACACCUUCUUUACCCGCGAGUUCAGUGGCCUCGAGCAGUUUGAGCAGCCCAUUGUACGGGCAAUCUGCAGGGACUUCACAGAGUUCAAUUAGAAAAGUUAUAGUGGGUGGACAGGAAGAAAGAAAUAGAGGAAACUCUAUUCCCCCCCCCAGUGUUUUGGUUUAGAUUGUCAAUUCUUCACCUUAGAGCAAAAAUAAUUGUAUUUUUUUUUCUGUUCAAACUAGGCAUAUCCUCUGUGCAGAGAUAGCCCCUUUAGUAUAUUGUUUUGUCAUGAGAGGAGUCAGCAUGGUUGUUGCUUUAGUAGUGCGCUUGAACCAAAGGAUUCUGUGACUUAUUGAAACUGUAACUCUAUAUUAAACUCAUACUAACAAUGGCAGAUGUUAUCAUCAGAGACACACCCUGGCAUCCUAAUUUCCAUAUUCUAGAAGAAAGAAAUGAAGAAGGGAUGAAAGAAAGGUUUGCUAUCUCCACCAUUGGCUGCCCAAGAGAGAUUUGUCCCCGUUCAUGAUAAACAGCAGGUUUGACAAGGCUGCCCUCCUUUGCAUGUCAUUGGUACUACAGAAAGCCUGAGAGAAGUUCCACAGGACAUAGGCUAAACCAUAGCAUCAUCUGGCUUAUCACACACCACACACUUACACAAGCACUGUACUGCAGUUUCUUGCUUAGUUACAUCUUCUCAUAAUAUAUUAUGGUCACAUUUUAUAUUCCUAUUUCUCAUUCUACAUGUUCACAAAUGAGAUGUUUAGAAAUAUAUUUGGAUUAUACUUACUAACGUUGUUCUGAUCACACAAUUAUGUUUCCUAAAUUAUGCUUAAUGCUCAAUUAUGCUCUUACAAUGUCUUUCUUAUUAUAAACACAAAUAUGCAUGCUUAAGUGCCUUGCAAACUGAGAAGCAACAGCAGAGUGAUUGUACAUUUCUGUUUAAUUUAUUACUUUCUUCUCAAUAAAGGACAAGGUAUUUUUACAAGAUUAAAAUAUUUUUACAAGCUAAUUACUCAAUUGUCUAAAAGUGUGGCAUCAUUAAAAUUAAUUCAUUUUAAUGAGA